AUGACAAGUUUGAAGGUGAGAAACCAAGGACUGGAUUACAAUGCAAAAGUCAUUUUCGUACCAUCAAUAAAAAAAAUCGCAACUUUUAUUGGUUAUUAUAGUUCAGCAUGCAGAACUAAGUAUAGUGGUUGGUCCGAUGAUAACUACGUGGAAAAGGCUUUAGAGUUGUACCGUGAUAAUGAAAGGCAAAGGUUUUCCUUGUUGGAAGAGUGGAAGAUGGUCUGUGACCAACCAAGAUAUAUGGUAGGAGCAAAUGAAUCUGGAAGUAGUGGAUCAAAGAGAAAAAGUGGAGGUGAUGAAGUUGAAUCCUCAGCACCAUCCAUCAUACGUCUAGAAGGUAGGGACGCAACAAAGAAGAAAGCUAGAAAAGCAUCAACUUCGAGAAAAUCAAAGGCUGAAAUUCAUGAGGAGUUAUCUAAUGUAGCCUCUACUCUUGAAAAAUUUAAAGAAAGGAGGGCUAGUACUGCUUCGGCUAUGUUGGAGUAUGCCCGUGUUAGGAAGUUGGAGAUGUUGAUGUCCUUGAAGAAUAAAGAAGAGCAUGAUGUUGUGGAUGAGAAUACUUAUCAGAUAUUACUGAGGGAAUUGUUCCCAAACUAA